AUGUACCAGUUGAGAUGGAUGAGACUUCGAGACCACUGCCUCACGAACUACCCAAAAGUAAACCCGAGCAACCUCUCAGACUCAGACAUCAGCCAAAUUAAAGAGAGUAAAUACAUCUUAGUUGAUGAUAAACACGAGGUGGUCUAUUGUAAAAUCCCCAAGAUUGCUUGUACGACUUGGCAGCGGAUGUUCUUGGCGAUGCACGGCUUUAAAGACGCUCUAAACAUGCCCCAGGAUGACGUCCAUCAUCGGCAGGAUUCGUACAACUUUUUCAAAUCGAUGGAGUUGCGCAAGCAGUCAUAUGAUAACAUCCGGCGGAAGUUACAGACGUACAAGACAUUUGUUAUUGUCCGUGACCCGCUAGAGCGAAUACUGUCUGCAUACAGAGACAAGCUGUUAAUGGGAAGAGAGUUUUAUGCCUUUUAUUCGAAGCGGAUAUUGCGCGCUUACCGAGAAGGUUAUAAAGCGGAAGACGAUGUCGAUUUGGAAUUUCAUGAAUUUAUAAGGUUUCUUCUCGACCAGGAAAGGUUUCAAAUCGGGUAUGUAGAUGAACAUUGGGAUUCCUUCUUCAACGAGUGUCUUCCGUGCAGCAUCAAUUAUGACGUAAUCGGGAAGUACGAAACUAUGGAGACCGAUUCCAAUUUCGUUUUACAAUAUCUUGGCUGGAAUAAGCAGCUGAAAUGGCCACCGCGUGAGAAACAUUAUAAUGGUACCCGCUCUGCACUACUUAUAGACCAGGCAUACAAUGGGGUAUCUAAACGUCUUUUAUCCGGAAUCAAGCAGCAUUAUCGAGAUGAUAUAUUAGCGUUUGGUUAUGCAAAUGGCUGA